UGCGCGCAGCUGACCGGCCCGGCCGCCUUACCGGGCCCCCCGAGGAAAUCCCCGCUCGCUUAAUCGGCCAGAGUUCACCGCCCCAAACUCAAGGCUCAGAGUUAGUCAGGGGGGCGCCGGCCAGAGAAGGCGACCUACGGCUCCACAAGGCCUUCCUGGUUGUGCCCCACAGACCCCCCACCCAGCCCCGGGGUGGCGUGGUGGAGGUGGGCGCGCACUGGAUCCAUGGGCCCUCCCGGGGCAACCCCGUCUUCCAGCUGGCUGCUGAGUACGGGCUGCUGGGGGAGAAGGAGCUGUCCGAGGAGAACCAGCUGGUGGAGACCGGGGGUCACGUGGGCCUGCCCUCCGUGAGCUACGCCAGCUCCGGGGCCCGCGUGAGCCUCCAACUGGUGGCGGAGAUGGCGACUCUCUUCUACGGCCUGAUAGACCAGACCCGGGAGUUCCUGCAUGCUGCGGAGACCCCGGUGCCCAGCGUCGGGGAGUACCUCAAGAAGGAGAUUGGCCAGCACGUGACCAGCUGGACAGAGGAUGAGGAGACCAGGAAGCUGAAGCUGGCCGUCCUGAACUCCUUCUUCAACCUGGAGUGCUGUGUGAGCGGCACCCACAGCAUGGACCUGGUGGCCCUUGCACCCUUUGGGGAGUACACCGUGCUGCCGGGUCUGGACUGCACCUUUUCUAAGGGCUACCAAGGGCUCACAAACUGCAUGAUGGCCUCCCUGCCGGAGGACACGGUGGUUUUUGAGAAGCCUGUGAAGACCAUCCACUGGAACGGGUCCUUCCAGGAGGCAGCCUUUCCCGGCGAGACCUUUCCCGUGUCGGUCGAGUGUGAGGAUGGAGACCAGUUCCCAGUGCACCAUGUCAUCGUCACCGUGCCCUUAGGUAAGUCAGGUUUUCAGUCCAAAUCCCUAUCNNNNUUCUUUGACCCUCCACUGCCGGCUGAGAAGGCAGAAGCCAUCAGGAAGAUAGGCUUCGGGACCAAUAAUAAAAUCUUCCUGGAGUUUGAGGAGCCCUUCUGGGAGCCCGACUGCCAGCUGAUCCAGCUGGUAUGGGACGACACGUCGCCCCUGGAGGACGCUGCCCCUGCGCUGCAGGAUGCCUGGUUCCGGAAGCUCAUUGGCUUUGUGGUCCUGCCUGCCUUUGCGUCUGUCCACGUUCUCUGUGGGUUCAUUGCUGGGCUUGAGUCUGAGUUCAUGGAGACUCUGUCGGAUGAAGAAGUACUUCUGUGUCUCACCCAAGUGCUCCGAAGAAUGACAGGAAACCCACAGCUCCCCGCGCCUAAGAGCGUCCUGCGGUCUCGCUGGCACAGCGCCCCGUACACUCGGGGCUCCUACAGCUACGUGGCCGUGGGCAGCACCGGGGGUGACCUGGACCUGCUGGCUCAGCCCCUCCCUGCAGACGGUGCCGGCGCCCAGCUCCAGAUCCUGUUUGCAGGGGAAGCCACACAUCGCACGUUUUACUCCACGACGCACGGUGCUCUGCUGUCGGGAUGGAGGGAGGCUGACCGCCUGCUCAGUCUGUGGGCCCCACAGGUGCAGCAGCCCAGGCCGAGGCUCUAGCUGGGUCCAGCCUGCUCUGUUCUUCCUGUGCCAGGGGAGGCUGGGACCCUCGUUUCCUCUGACAGAUUUCAAUCUGACUUGAUAUUUGGGGAUGUUAAUGAGAGUCCUCUGGUUUUUGGUAACUGGAGCCAUCUUCUCAGUUCUUGUGUCUGUUAUUGGAGUCUGGCCAGGGUUGACUUGAGCUAAGACACCGGAUGCUCAUGGAGAUGCCGGGCACAUAAAGCACAUUACAGCC